AAAAUAUAAUUUUAAUGACAAAAUGGAGCAAAUCCAUCGAAAUACAAUACUCAACAACAUCGACAAGCUCAUGGAAUUGACGGAAUACAAAUUGCUGAUGGAAAAAUGUGAAGCUGCUCGUCUUAUUUCCCACAUUAUGGCACGAAAUAUCGAAAACGAUUCAACAAACGACGAGUCCCGUCAUCGAGAUUUGCUCAAAAAAAUCACUCAACGCGGUCCAACUGCCUUCCAGGUCUUCAAGGGAAUUUGCGAGACGGAUUUCACGGAAGCUGCUGAAAUUCUCAAACAAUUGGCUGUCGAACAAAAUGGCUGCAACAGAUUUCUCAGCAUCAAGGAGUCCAAAGAGGAGAACGAACGAAAUGUACGACAAAUGUACGAAGGAAAGGCAUUUUCGCGUCUCAAGCCGGGCACUUCGAGUGCAUCCUCGAGCAAUAAUAACCAAAAUAAAACGGAGAAUAUUCGAUUGGAGCCUUAUACGGGUCCGAUUAAACGUGAGCUGCACGUGCAAAAAGCAACGAAAUUCAGUGUGGCGGAGAGAGAAGGCAUCAGUACGUAUUCGAUGCGUGGAAAAAAUCGCGGAGUGCUGUUUUUGGUGAACAUUAUUGACUUUCAUGACAAAGAUAAGCGUCGAAACGGAGCAGAAGUCGACAAAGAUCGACUCUUGAAUCUCUUUGACGAAAUGGGAUACAAAUUAUUCUACUACGAGAACAUCGACUCCGAUCAAUUUAACAGUUUAAUAAAGCAACUUUCGUCUUCUCAUAAUUUAAGGACAGCGGAUUCGCUCGUUUUUGGUCUCUUAACUCAUGGAAGUCUUGUCGGUCAAACAACUUACGUCGAAUUCAGUGACGGUCUCUACUUUGCCACAGAAAAAAUUGUGCAAGAAUUCAGCAAUUCAAACUGCAAAUACCUUCAAGGCAAGCCAAAAAUCUUUCUUUUUCCCUUUUGUCGGGGCGAGGAAUCCGACAAAGGUGUCAUUUACUACCGCCCACGCAGUGCCGCGAUUGAACACGACAGCUCCGGCAGUGAUUACGUGCAAGAUCGCAUCCCAACGUAUUCCGACAUUGCCAUUUGCUAUGCCACAGUGCCCGGAUUUCUCACACAUCGAGAUCCCACCGAAGGAAGUUGGUACAUUCAAGGGUUGUGCAGAGUUUUUGCGAAACACGCACACGACGCAACCUUCGAGGAAUUGAUGAAAUAUCUGGAAUUGGAAGUUGGAAGUAAAAAUACCGUGAGCGGAUCCAUUCAAACGAGCUCUGUGGAGUAUCGGGGUUUCAGUAAGGUGCUUUAUUUCAAUCCGGGAUACUUUGGAGAACCCGUGGAAGAAGCUGUUGAGGCAAAUGCGAAUUUGACAGAGGAAACGACGACAACGAAUGAGUGAAAAUUGAUGAAUUAACUGAAAACUUUAAGCAUUUACUUAUUUUAAAAAUGUGAUUUUGUGAGAAAAAUGCACAAUUUUUCGACUACAUAAGGAAUUUUUACAUUUUAAAGUGCCUUAACUAUAAUUUAAUUUAAAAAAAUUUCAAAAAGUUUAAACUUUAAUGUUUUAGUGUUCAGAAUUGAGUGAAUUUUGACU